GUGACGCGCUUCCGGUCUCGCACGUCUUUCCACACACGGCAGAGAAGAUGGCGGACGUCCUGGACUUACAUGAAGCUGGCGGCGAGGAUUUUCCUAUGGAUGAGGAUGAAAGCAUCCAUAAGUUAAAGGAAAAGGCAAAGAAGCGAAAAGGCAGAGGGUUCGGAUCAGAGGAGGGGGCGCGGUCCCGGGUGCGAGAGGACUAUGAUACAGUCGAGCAGGAUGGUGAUGAACCAGGACCUCAGAGAUCUGUCGAAGGCUGGAUCCUGUUUGUGACAGGAGUCCACGAAGAAGCCACAGAAGAGGACAUCCAUGACAAAUUUGCAGAGUUUGGAGAAAUCAAGAACUUGCACUUGAAUUUGGACCGAAGGACGGGCUACCUUAAGGGCUACGCCUUGGUGGAGUAUGAAACCUACAAAGAGGCUCAGGCAGCCAUGGAAGGGCUGAACAGUCAGGACCUGAUGGGCCAGCCCAUCAGCGUGGACUGGGCCUUCGUCCGGGGCCCACCGAAGAGCAAGAGGAGGGGUGGAAGGAGAAGAAGCAGAAGUCCUGACAGGAGACGGCGCUGAGUGACAGUUUUACCCCCACUUUCCUUAGUUUUCCUUCUUCGUUUUACGUUGGUUUUGGUAUAUUAAAUGUCCUACUUAACCUUUUAUGGGUUUUUGUAUUUUUUAUGCAGGAGAAUGCUCCCGGUAGUCUGUGUGCGCGAAGUGGUGGAAAUCGGAAUUAAAAGCUGAAGUUUAUUUGUAACUUGUUGUGCAGCAGUUUUAAUCUCAUCCUUACUGUGUGUGGAUGGCGAGUGGAGGUGUUAAUUAGGUGAUGUGUGAAUACAAGAGGCUACAAUUUGUACAAAAUGCAGUAGCUACAUCACAUGCAUCUAGUUUCCUCAACGUGCCACUGAUGACUGUCCCCUCGCUGAUUACUAGUGACUUCCAGUGCAUCAAGGAGAGCAUGCUUUGCCAACUUGGAUCAAAGAGGGAACAGCUUUUAUUCCUCUCUUCAUGUCUGCCAUCUGUGAGAAAUCUUAAAUGGGGGUGGUGUUACAAUAAGGAAUUGGGACUGGGCUACAAAUAUUUCCCAUCUAAUUUUUUACUGCCUUAACUAAGGUUGAAAUGAGGGUUGUGUUCGUAGUGUGUGAACUGAAGCAUCUUAGUUUUCGGUCAGGAUCGAUAUUGAAAAUUGUUCUGCCAAUGGAUGGGAAUGCCUUCUGACUUUGACAUUGCCUGUGUCCGAGAGUGUGGUCAUUCAUUAGACUGGGGGUUUCUGAUAUUCUGGUAGUAUUUGCUAUUUUUAAAUCAGUACAUUGAGACUUUUAUUUUGACGUUUUUAAGCGCAUUCAUUUUCAAUGAAAGCUGAAGAACUGUUGUAUACAUUUUUCCAAAAUGCUUUAUUUUGUUGCCUCCUGCUUUAUGUGAAAUGUUUUUUCAACACUUUUUAUAAUUUCAGUAUGAAAAGGUAUUUCCAUGUAGAGAUUAUGGAAAAUGUGUAUAGCACACUGUGUAACCUGCUCAUUUUACAUUGUCAACAAUAAAGGAAUUUAUAUAGUGA